CUCUCUCUUCUCUCUCUCUCCCUCUCUCUCUUAGUUCAUCACAGCAGGCAUGGCUGCUGCUGUAAGCGCUGCAGUCUCUCUACCUGCCACCAAGACCGCCUCUCUUUCAUCUAGAACAUCCAUUAUUUCUCCAGAAAGCAUCAAUUUCAACAAGGCCCCCUUACACUACAGAAAUGUGUCGUCUGUGGGUGCCAAGAUCGCACCAAUCAGAGCACAGGUAACUACAGAAGCUCCUGCUAAAGCCGAGAAGAUUUCCAAGAAACAGGAAGAAGGGGUGAUUGUCAACAAAUUCAGGCCAAAAGAGCCAUAUAUUGGCAGAUGCCUUCUUAAUGUCAAGCUCACCGGGGAUGAUGCCCCGGGUGAGACUUGGCACAUGGUCUUCAGCACUGAGGGGGAGGUGCCUUAUAGAGAAGGCCAGUCGAUUGGGGUGAUUGCCGACGGCGUAGACAAGAAUGGGAAGCCUCACAAGCUGAGGUUGUACUCGAUUGCCAGCAGUGCCCUUGGUGACUUUGGAGACUCCAAGACUGUCUCUUUGUGUGUUAAAAGGCUUGUCUACACCAAUGAUCAAGGCGAAAUUGUUAAAGGAGUUUGCUCAAACUUUUUGUGUGACUUGAAAGCCGGUGACGAAGUGAAGAUAACUGGCCCUGUGGGGAAAGAAAUGCUCAUGCCUAAAGACCCCAAUGCUACAGUCAUAAUGCUCGGAACUGGGACUGGAAUUGCUCCUUUCCGCGCAUUCUUGUGGAAAAUGUUCUUCGAGGAACACGAGGACUACAAGUUCAAUGGUUUAGCAUGGCUAUUCUUGGGUGUCCCAACAAGCAGCUCCUUGCUCUACAAGGAGGAAUUUGAGAAAAUGAAGGAGAAAAAUCCGGACAACUUCCGGCUGGACUUUGCUGUGAGCAGAGAACAGACGAAUGCCAAGGGUGAGAAGAUGUACAUCCAAACUCGGAUGGCUGAGUACGCGGAGGAGCUGUGGGAGAUGCUCAAGAAAGACAACACGUUUGUGUACAUGUGCGGGCUCAAGGGCAUGGAGAAGGGCAUCGAUGACAUCAUGGUUUCCUUAGCUGCUAAAGAUGGUAAGCAGAAACUCUUUAGGCAUUUUGUUGCACCAUUCUUUCUCAACUGUAUAUAUAUCUUGUCGUUUUUCGUGUUUGAAGGUAUCGACUGGGUAGAGUACAAGAGGCAGUUGAAGAAGGCAGAACAAUGGAAUGUGGAAGUCUACUAGUUGUUGCUGCUGCAUAAUGUUUUGUACAAAUUUCAGCCUCAUCUGCAUUUUUCCUCUGUGCUCAUGUCAUGUAGUAGGCAGGGUACUCAUCUUUUUUCUUUUCUUUUUUUGGGAAUUUUAUUUCAUCUUUUGCACUCCACCUGUGGUACAUUGGCACAAUUUGAGAGAUGUUUAUAGAAAUUAAAGAUGAAAAGAAUCCUGAGUCAUUUGUCGCA